ACACGAAUCGCUAUGAAACUGCACUCGUUUCUGCGUGAGAAUAUGCCACGGGCUAUCGCUAGGAAGACAAGCGGAGCAGUAGUACAGAGAAUGAUACAAGGUGCCUCAAAAAGGCAGCUGUGCACUUCCCAUGCUUCACUGCUGAUCGAGUUUGUCAAUUUGCAAUUCACACAGUAUGUCUUUCCAGGGAUGGAUUCACAAGAUUAUACAACCUUAUCAGUACGCAGUAUCGUGCUUUCGUUAUUCGCCGGUAUUGUACCAGGCAUUGUGUGCCUUGUUUCGCUAUUUUAUGGUCUUUUGCACUCAUGGUUGAACGGGUUCGCCGAGCUGAUGCGUUUCGGUGAUCGGCAGUUUUAUAUG